UUUUCAAAUGGAAGCUUACCAAUACUUUUCCGACAAGUUCCGAUGUUUUUUCCGGAAGAGGUGGUGAUAGAGGUGGCAAAAUAAUUGUAUUAAGUGGUACUCGUCGACUGUUUUCCAAAACUGAAGUGCUUCUUUGGACCCCCAAGUGUCUCAUCAUUAUUGUCGCUGAAAUGUGCAAAAAUAACACAUUACAAAUCAUAUAUAAAUGACCAACGUACCUUAAUUUGUAUGUAUUCCACUAAAUUACUAAAUUAUUGAUAAAAGCGUCUAAUUUUUCAAAUGCAACAUUAUUCUAUCAAUUUGACCAAUUUAGGGAUUUUUGGUCGUAAAUCCCGUCACUGUCAUCUUUCUUUGUUUGACUCAGCACUUAGCUUAUUUAUCUUUCUCGCUUGUGGCACGUUGGCGAACCUGCGUUGCCACGACAACGUCAAGUGGUUGUGACAACAAUCCUUAGUUACGAAUGUGACAGAAAAUGAUAAUAAACUAAUUUUUAUUUUUUUAUAAGUAAGUGGAUAUAACUUUUAUUGAUUUUAUAACGUGGAUUUUCACCUGAUAAUGAAUGAAAUUCCGGAAUUGAAGGAUGAUUUAGCUUUUUUAAAAAAAUUUGACUCUCGGGGUAAAAUCUGGCAAGACAUCGACGCGAAUAAUUCUAAAGGAAAGGCAAAGGUACGUUCUAAUUUUCUCUUGCAUCCCAGACGGUUCAGUUCCGAAUCCGAAUGUUCCUCGACUUUGCAAACGCCAAGAAAAUUCUUAAGCGGGACGGUGUUGAAAACAUUGGAAACCCACGAAGAGAACAAUAAUGUGAAAAAACGAUUUGAUUAUAAUACAAAAUCAAACAUGGGAACAUCAAUUGACAGCCGCAUUGAGACUGACAUUGGCGACAGAAAUAGCCCGAUUUUGUCCAAUACUAAAACUACAACUAUUUUAAAGAAGCAGACAGUACGACCUGCGUCUGUACGUGUUGAAAACUUUGAUAAGAAAUUCAAGAUUUUAGUUGAAAGAAGUUUGAAAUUUCUCACAAGCAUUCGAGUGUUAUUUGAAGAGGGAAUUUCGCCCCCUGACGGGGAGGAAGACUGCAUGCGCCGAUUUAAAAGGCUACAAGAAUUCACUUCCAGAUUUUCACGAAUUUAUCUCUAUCCUCUAUUAAGACAUAUGGACGAAUUGAGUUUACCCGAAAAAUUAGGAACCGUUAUUAUUAACCAAAAACUUCUCUCAGCUCAACAAGUGAUUUUACAAGGGUUACAAGCAUACCACACUCAUUUGCCUGGUUCUAUAGGAAAAUGCGGUUCCGACAAACUCAAAUCGCUGUUGGAGCAAACUCUUUACUUGUGUCAGAUAUACGACUUGUUGAAAAAAGAUACAAAUCUUGAGACUUCAGAAUUUAUAAACGCGAUGCGUAGCCAUGUUGAACUUUUAUUAGAAACCCUAAGAAAUUUCGAUUUGAAAUUCAUCGAGAAAAAGAGCAAUGAAUCAAUCAAGAAGAAACCAAAAGCACAAUGUACGAAACCAAAGUCGAAACUCUCAAUGUACGCAACAAAUGCUUCGUUCCGAAAGGAUUUAGAAUUGAAGAAAGCUCUUCAGACUUUAGCGAAAAAGAAAUUUAGCGUUAAAUCGAGAUAUAAGACUGCUACUUUUAAACAUAGGCCACCUGUUGAAAGGCCGCGAGGGACAGAAGAGCAAGGCAAAAUGAAGUUGUUUUGCAAACAUUCCGGAAAUUUAAAAAGUACACCAAUGAGGUCGCCAAUCAGGGAGGAUGAUAUCAAAACCAUGGUCGAGAUCGACUCCGAAUUGGAGGUGCCACCCAACACUGGAGAGAAUCUGAAUCAUGAAAACAGCAUUGCAUCAAGCCGACAUCAACUGGUACAAGAUAGCGAUCGGGAUGGAAUCGAAGUGGAAAAAGCUCUCGAUGUUUUGAAAAGAUUUCUGGGCAAUUCCGAAGAGGCACAAAACGAUUUUUUGAAAAAAAUCGCCACUCAAGUCGAAAGAGAAAAGAGCGACAAAUCGAAAAAGAAACUAGAACCCGUGGUGACUGUUACGGGUGCGAAGAACGCCAAACUGAUUUGCAUCAGAGAUGACAAUUCCGUCGUUGAAGACGAUUGUAAAAGAGACAAAGAAAUAAUGACCGACGCUGAAAUCAAACUGACAUCUUCGGAAACUCAGACGGAAAUCGAAGAAAUAAAAAAAGUUCAAAGCAAGUCUGUUGUCAAAAUCAGUAGACUUCCAAAAGUCAACAGGAUGUUGCAAUUGUUGCCAAAAGAAUGCGCAAUUAGUAUUAUUCAAUACAAACUGCAGUACAGUCAGUUUCGUAAACACGAUCCCAUGUAUAGGAAAUCGGCACAUAUCCAACCUUGGAUUCUAAUGGGACGGAUUUCGGAUGACUUGCUGGACUGCAUAUUAAAAUCAGUGACGGGAGAAUUAGAAGUUAAUGAGAUCCUUGAAAACUUAUACAAUGCAGAAUUUCAAUACUGAUACUAUUUUAUAUUUUUGUAAUAAAAUAAAGUACAUAUAAUUUA